CAACAAUAGUCAUUCCAGUGUAGGUCGCGCGCGAUCACACCCGCAUUCACCGCCGCAGUCACACGAUACACAAAACAUUCGGAAACGAUUAUAUUUCUAUCAACACGUCUCGGAAAUUCUCUGCUAAUAACCAAGAAACAGUAUUCGUUCAUAUAUAUUUUAUUAAAUCAUCAAAGUGUGUAUUUAUAAACUUGUGUUCAAGUGUUUUCAAUCUUUUGAGCGGAAUAUGCAUCUUCAAUCACUUUUAUUUUGAAUCGACAGCUCACAUCGAUGCGCUGCUGCCGUCUCAAGUGGCUACUAGAGUAUAAUGACGGCUGUAGUGGCGAUGAGCACGACGACGUCACCAAAGACUUCGCUUGCCAAGCUCGUGCUGUAUCCUAAGCCGAAGCCCUUCAAGGUCAUGGUAUUAGGCCAAUCUGGAGUCGGUAAAUCAGCUCUUGUGGUCAGAUUUAUUACACGAAGAUUCAUCGGCGAAUACGAUCCCAAUUUAGAGAAGAUCUACGCAUUCCAAACUGUCAUUGAUAACGAGAUGGUUUAUUUUGAAAUAUUAGAUUCUGCUGGAGAAUCACACGAAAGUGAAUACGCGAAUCUCGAGAGCAACAUACGUUGGGCGGAGGCGUUCAUUCUAAUGUAUUCGGUCACGGACAAGUGCUCGUUCGACGAGUGCCACCGACUCAAAUUCCUCAUCAACUACAACAAGAGAAGACGCCGACUCGCUUCCUCUAUGAGGGAUUGUGCCAUAGAAACCCCAGUGGUCAUGGUGGGCAACAAGGUAGACCAAGUUGGCGACCGAAUGGUCACAACAGAGGAAGGCCAGCGAAGAAGCAAGGAGAUCGGCUGCGUGUGCUUCCAUGAGAUCUCAGUCAGGGAGAGUAUUGACCAGGUAUGGGGUGUAUUCCGUGAUGCGCGACGAUUCUGGCGCGUGAGCAGUAAAUGGUCGAAGAGAGACGGCGACAGACACCCUGCAGCACUGGGGCGGCCUCUGGCACGAGCGUCUUCUGAUACCACGCCAGAUACUAACGCCGCUCCACCCUUUUGUCGUCGAUGGACAGAAAUGGAAUUAGAUGAAGAAGAUGAAGUGUGUGUUGGUCGCAGUGAUUCGACAUCAUCGUCGGGUCGGUCGGAGUGUGGGGACGAGUUCCGAGCCCGAGCCAGCACGGACUCACGCCUCCCGCCGAGGCCAGCGAGACCCAGACAUCCCCUACCAACGAGACCAUUCCCUGCUCCAGUCAGAAGAAUGAGCGUCGCCAUGAGAGGAAACAACGCUAGCACUUACUAAACAAGAACUGCUGUUAUACGACCAAACCUUAAUAUAAUAUUACAUGUAUGUAAAGUACGAGUGAAUGUUGUGUGUACACUUAAUGUAAUGUUAGACCCCUAACAAUGUCAAACUGAAAGACACACUGACCUAGAUACAAUGUUAGAUCAAUCAUCUCGUUCGUUUUACUAACGCGUUCAUUACCUACAUAAUUGUAAUAGGUAAGGAAACUAGUCUAAUACAGUAUUAUGUUGCUAAAGAUCUGUAAGGUAGGUAAGUUAAAAAGAAAAUAAAAUUAUUAUUUAUUUUAGAUUUAUUUAUCUUAUUUUUUACUUAACAUUUCACAUAAAACUCAAAUCAGUUAUUGCAUUCAUGUGUAGGUACAUAUACAUGUUACAUUAGCAGAUUAGUUUCAAUUUGAAACCCGGUUAGGGCACGGCAGCAUACAUAAUGACACAAUAAGCAUAUAGACAGACACAACAAAUGUGAUUAUUAUAACAAAACUAACAUAACAUAACUUUAAUUAAUAUCAAUGUAUCACCACUAUUAUGUUAUUUUAAUUAUUGUAGUAUCAGUAUAUACUAAGUAAUAAUAUGGCAUACGUUGCUUUGAUCGUGGUCACAAGUAGACAGAAAUGGAAAGUUACAAGCCAGAAGGACAAACAAACUUCUUAACGCUGAGCUAUUUGAUCAAUCAAAAUCAUUAUUCACAUCAUUCCUCCAUACAUUCAUCAUUCAGCGUUUUUGUACGUACAUACGUCCUGUUCUUUUCUACCUUUAUAAACUUACUUGAUCACACUAUUUCACCCUUUUCAUUAUGUGUAAAGUUUUAAUAUAUGGAUAUUAAAACUUUUUAAAUAAACUUUGCUUUACACUAGUUUUUUCUCCUAAAUCGUAGGUGCGUUUACAAACAUAUGUAUAAUUUCCAAAUGACACUCGACCCAAAAAAACAAUUUGUUGAUAACACAAAGAUUUGCUACGUGCGGGAACUGAAUCCGCUACCCGUUGCGCGGCAGCUGGUUGCUCAGCCACCACACCAAACGUGCAGUCAGAUUUGAUUCUACAACCCGUGCCACUUUCAUUCUCAUUCUUAUUUUUACACAUUUCUACAAAACGUCAAUCUCUGAAUAGAAAUAAAUUCGUGAUCAACGCCAAAGAUUAACUAAAAAAUCCUGAUCACCAACUCUAUAACCUUUUAAAUCACGUUUUCGUUAU